AUGCGUUCCAGGUUCGAUAUGUUCAAACGGGAGAAGAGCUGCGACAAAGACAAAAAAAGUGAGAAACAGACACUGACGAAACAGAAAUCGAUCGGAUCAGAAGCCGCGUCAAAAACGGACCUGUCGAAAGCUUCAAGUUUCAAGGAAAAAAGUGUUUCUGUGAAGCACCCGGACAGUUUGUUGGCGCCCAGGGUGACGAUCGAUCAAUCGCAAAAAGGUGUUCGAAAGAGUGAAAAAAAAGACAGUGAUAAGGGCAUUAAGCCCAGCAUUAGUUUCAGUAGGAGUAAGCAUAGCGGAGGUGGAAAAAAUAAGGAGGCGGUAAAGCAGGACGAUUUCCUGGAAGCAACCAUGAGGAUAUUUCUCAUGGUGUCUCCUCCUGUAGGAAAAAUUCAGGUUCGAUCUCGAAGCCUAACUCACUUAGACAGUAUAGAAAUGAGGCAGGGAGUAGUUUCUACUACUGAUUCGGCUCUGAAAGAUUCCAGGUCCGAACCGGAUUGCACGAAACCUCUAUUAGCACCGAGUUUGAGUCAUGACCCAACUGCACAUCCCACCGCUGCAGCUCCUGUUAGAAAACACAUGCUUAGUAGAUCUCAGAAAUCCAGUAGCGAGUGUUUUAGCGUUACUUUUGAAGUCGGAGACGAAAACACUUGGGAUAACGAAUUGUUUUUUCCGGCACAACGAGGGAUUUCUCUGCA